AUGAAUACCAUCUUAGUCUUCAGCCUAAUCAUUACAUCCUAUGAUUCAAAGGAGAAAGAUCUCAGAGAUAACACUUGCCAAGUGGAACAGCUGCCUGGGCUCUUCCCAAAGGAUGUGAGAAGCAUAAGGGACUUGCUAAUGCAAGAAGCUCACACAGAAGCCCAAAGGGACACAUUCACUCAAAAUCAAACUGUGGCUAUCCUGCAGUACCUUGGCUCUGGGAACAAAGUGCAUAUCAACCUUUUAUACUCAGACAGAAGGCCAGAGGCCAAGCAUAUUCUGAAGAACCUGACAGUUUCUGCUGCUCCCCACAGAUACAACUCUGUUUCUCCAACCCGUUACCUAAUCUUCACAUCUAAGUUUUGCACUGGAUCUCUCCAAACAGGCAGAGAUGAGACUGGAAAAGGAGAUGGGGCUUUUUUGCCAGGGCUGUCCCACUGUAAGGUCUGCCCAGUGAUGGGGAGUUCAUCAGAGACCCUAUCUAUCACUACCAUCUCUACAACUUCUAGGAAUAACGAAGGAGCAAAAACUACAAGUACUGACAAAGAUAAGGAUUUAGAGAAGAGGCAGAAAUGGAGUAUUGUGGUUAAAUCUCUGAUUGCUGCCACCCUGCUGCUCAGUGGAGUUGUCAUUACAGUAUUUUUGAGGUCGUAUGUCCUAGCCAAUGGCAAAGAGCCAGAAGGUGGUGCCAAUGCCAGCAGCUGUGGAGAAGUCAAACAAAAGGCGAUGAGCAACCUGGGACAGCUGCCCCUCUGCCUGAGGUCUUACUAUGCAGCCCAGACUGGCUGUGAACUCAUG